UAGUCUAAAUAUGAUGAACUGAAGAAAGCUGAAAAAGGGAACAAACAACAACAAAAAGUUCACAAGUAUAUCAAUGCAUGUGAAUUAGUGAUGGCACCUGUGCAUGAUGCUGUGGUCUCCCUUCAUCCUCCCAAAGUAUGGGAUGACAUCAGCCCUCAGUUCUAUGCCACGUUUUGGUCUCUUUCCAUGUAUGACCUUGCUGUCCCUAAUUCAAGUUAUGACCGAGAAGUAAACAAAUUGAAGGUCCAAAUGAAAGCAAUUGAUGACAAUCAGGAAAUGCCACUAAAUAAGAAAAAGAAAGAAAAAGAACGCUGCACAGCUUUACAAGACAAACUCCAAGAGGAAGAAAAGAAGCAGUUGGAGCAUGCCCAUAGAGUUAUGCAGAGAUUAAAGCUUGAAAAGGACAACUGGCUACUUGCCAAAUCAACCAAAAAUGAGACUAUCACAAAAUUCCUUCAAUUGUGCAUCUUCCCAAGGUGUAUUUUCUCAGCCAUAGAUGCAGUUUACUGCGCUAAGUUUGUAGAAUUAGUUCAUCAGCUGAAGACACCUAACUUUUCGACACUUCUGUGUUAUGAUCGGGUCUUUUCGGACAUUAUUUACACUGUUGCAAGUUGCACAGAAAAUGAGGCCAGCCGGUAUGGAAGGUUUCUCUGUAGCAUGUUGGAGACGGUAACCAAAUGGCACAGUGACAGAACUAUAUAUGAUAAGGAAUGUGGAAAUUACCCAGGGUUUCUCACAAUAUUACGAGCAAGCGGAUUUGAUGGAGGAAACAAGGCUGACCAAUUAGACUAUGAAAAUUUCAGACAUGUUGUACAUAAAUGGCAUUACAAAUUAACCAAAGCAUCUGUGCACUGCCUUGAAACUGGCGAGUAUGUUCACAUCCGGAACAUAUUGAUCGUGUUGACUAAAGUCCUCCCUUGGUAUCCUAAAGUAUUGAAUCUAGGUCAAGCAUUGGAGCGAAGAGUGCAUAAGAUUUGCCAAGAAGAAAAGGAGAAACGACCUGAUCUCUAUGCUCUAGCUAUGGGCUAUUCUGGCCAGUUGAAAAGUAGGAAACCAUACAUGGUUCCUGAAAAUGAAUUCCACCACAAAGAUCCCCCAGCAAGGAGUGCAACGCCUGCAACAGUUCAGAAUGGACCAGGCACGGUCACACAACCUCCUGCAGCAGCCACCAAUGCAGCUAAAGCGGAAGAAGGCACAAAUGAGGAGACUGCAGAUAAAUUAAAGGAGAAAUCUCAGAGUGCCAUUAAAGUUACUAACAAAGCUGCUAAUGCAACACCCAAAGUCACAGCCAGCAAUGGAAGUAAUGCUGUAAAUAGCAACAAAGUAACAAAAGAGAAGGAAGAGAAAGAAAAAAGUGGGAAAGAAAGAGACAAGGAGAAGACCAUUCCAGCUGUCCCUCCAGAGGCAAAAGCAACAGUAAAAGAUGCGAAGGAGAAAUUGAAAGAAGAACGGGCAAACAAAGAGGAAAAAGUACGGGAGACCAAGGAGAAAACACCAAAAGCUGAUAAAGAGAAGGAGAAAGAGAAAAUCAGGAAGGAAGAGAAGCCAGCAAAGGAUGAUAAAUCCAGGUCGACAUCCAGUUGUCCUGAAGCAAAGCUACACUCUGAAAAGGAGAAAGAAAAGGAACCAUCCAAGGAGAGAGAUGCACUAAAGGAAGCCAAAUCCAAAGAAAGUCACACAGGCACUAAAGGAGAAAAAGCAGCUGCUGCUGGGUCCUUGAAGUCCCCAGUUCCACGUUCAGAAUCUUCAGAGUCUGAGAGGGAACAAAAACGACGCAAGCUUGAUUCCCACUCUUCACCAUCACAUUCCACUACUGUAAAGGAUGGUCUCGGAGAUCACAAGGAAUCUUCAGCAAAGCACCAUAGCCCGCAUCACACCAACCAUAGUACAGGCACACAGUCAAAGAGCAAAGAAAGAGAGGUGGAGAAGAAAGAGGUG